AUGACGACUACAGCACCAUCACAGACUCAGAAGCAGAGCCCAGGCCGCCAGGGCCCUCCCACACGCGCCUGGUGGAAGGAAGCGAGCAUCUACCAAAUCUACCCAGCCUCCUUCGUCGACAGCAACGGCGACGGUCUAGGCGACAUCCGCGGCGUCAUCUCCAAGCUCGACUACCUGCACUCCCUCGGCGUGGAUGCCGUCUGGUUAUGCCCUAUCUACGAGUCUCCUCAGAAAGACAUGGGCUACGACAUCGCCAACUACCGCGCAAUCCACGCGCCCUACGGCACCCUAGAAGACGUCGAAGAACUCACCGGGGCGCUGCACGCCCGCGGCAUGAAGAUGGUCAUGGACCUGGUGGUCAACCAUUCGUCUGACCAGCACGCCUGGUUCCGCGAGUCGCGUUCCUCGAAGGGCAACCCCAAGCAUGACUGGUACAUCUGGCGGGCACCUCGGUUCGUGGACGGCAAGCGGCUCCCACCGAACAAUUGGGCAUCGUGCUUUGGUGGCAGCGCCUGGGCGUACGAAGAGGCGAGAGGCGAAUACUAUCUAGCGCUCUUCUGCCCGGAACAGCCAGACCUGAACUGGGAGAACCCAGAUGUGGUGCGGGAGGUGCACGACAUCAUGACCUUCUGGCUCGAGAAAGGCGUAGAUGGCUUCCGGAUGGAUGUUAUCAACAUGAUCAGCAAGACACCUGGGUUUCCGGAUGCGGCCGUCUCGCUGCCCGGAAGAGAGUGGCAGCCGGCCUUUGAGCACCACUCGUAUGGCCCGCGGCUGAACGAGUUUCUAAAGGGUUUGCGUGAGGUGCUGGACCGGUAUGAUGCGUUUGCGGUGGGUGAGAUGCCGUGCGUUAAUCAAGACAGCCAGGUGGCGGCGGUGGUGGCGGCGGAGCGGAAAGAGCUCAACAUGAUCUUUCAGUUCGACAUUGUCGACAUGGAUAUUGGCGAUGAUGGCAAGUUCUCGCCACGCAAAUGGGAUGCCAACACGCUCAAAAACAUCGUCAACCGGUGGCAGACAUUCAUGUACGAUGUGGAUGGCUGGAAUGCGCUGUUCCUGGAGAACCACGACCAGGCGAGGUCGGUCUCACGCUUCACGAAGCAUCGUCCCGAGCAUCGGACUCUGGCGGCGAAGAUGCUGGCCACCUUUAUCGGCACCCAGGCUGGGACUUUGUACAUCUACCAAGGCCAGGAGCUGGGCAUGACCAGCCUGCCAGAGACUUGGUCAAUGGAUCAGUUCAAGGACAUCGAGUCGCUAAAUCUGCACGCCGAAGCCGUGGAGCGUUUCAAAGACAACAAAGAGGCCAUGGAAAUCUUCAUGCGUGAUCUGAGGAAGAAGGCUAGAGAUAAUGCCCGCUCGCCCAUGCAGUGGAAUGGCGAGAAGAAUGCUGGUUUCAGCGUGGCGAAGCCAUGGAUGAGGGUGAAUGACAACUACCCGGAGAUCAAUGCGCAGCAGCAGCAUGGCGAGGGAGGGAGUGUGCUCAGCUAUUGGAGGAAGCUCCUGCAAGCCCGCAAGGAUUACCGAGAUAGCUUGGUGUACGGGAACUUUGAGCUGGUGCAGGAUGGGCAUGAGGCUGUGAUCUGCUUCAAGCGAGGUGGUGGAUAUUGCGCCGAUGCAUGGGUUGUGGUCAAUUUCACCGACAGUGAGCAGAGCUGGAGACCACCAGCGGAACUGAGAGCGAUGAUCGCGAGUGGAAAGCAGGUGCUGGGCAACUACGACGAUGAUGUGGUACUCGAAGGCGAUGUGCUUCAGCUAAGACCGUUCGAGUCACGAGUAUUGAUUGCUCAAGGCGCCGUAUGA